UCCUGCUGCUUACCGGAUAGCGUAACACUGGAUUUCGCACACUUCUACUUCCUGCUAGCUACCGUUGCUUUUUAGCUAUGUUGCAGAAUAUAGACCGUCUUUGGUUGUAUUCAACUUCUCGAAAAAAUUGAAGUGUAUUGUAUUAUCUACCUACCAUCAGUUGUUUACGUCAGCGCCAGCGAUCAUGUCCCUCUACGAUGACCUCGGAGUGGAGACCAGCGACAAGACUGAAGGGUGGUCAAAGAACUUCAAGCUUCUGCAGUCUCAACUGCAGGUGAAGAAGGCCGCGCUCACGCAAGCAAAGAGCCAGCGUUCGAAGCAGGCGACGGUUCUGGCUCCGGUGAUCGACCUGAAAAGAGGUGGCUCCAGCGAUGACCGACAGAUCUCGGACACGCCCCCGCACAUUGCUGCUGGUCUAAAGGACCCGGUCCCUGGCGGUUUCUCCGCGGGGGACGCGCUGAUCCCCCUGGCGGACGAGUACGACCCCAUGUUCCCCAACGAGUACGAGAAGGUGGUGAAACGCCAGAGGGAGGAGAGGCAGCGACAGAGGGAGCUGGAGAGACAGAAGGAGAUGGAGGACAGAGAGAAGAAACGGAAGGACCGCAACGAGGGUGGAGCUCCCAGCGGGUUCUCCCGCUUCCCGGCCGAGGGAGAGUCCGACGAAGAGGAGGAUUACGAGAAGGAGAGGAGGAAAAGGAUUAUGGGUGGAGCUGCGAUUGCCCCGCCCACUUCUCUGGUGGAGAAGGACAGUCAGCAACCCCUGGGCGCGGGGUACCCCGAAGAGGAGGGCCGGUCGCGCGGCUCCAAAGCCGCCAUCCCGCCACCCUUCUACGAGGACGCGGAGCGCCCCCGCUCUCCCCCCGGGCCCAGCAGCUCCUUCCUGGCCAACAUGGGUGGGACAGUGGCCCAUAAGAUCAUGCAGAAGUAUGGAUUUCGGGAGGGGCAGGGCCUGGGGAAACAUGAGCAGGGCCUGAGCACCGCCCUGUCUGUGGAGAAGACCAGCAAGAGGGGCGGCAAGAUCAUCGUGGGAGACCUCACCGACAAGACAGGGGCAGGUCAGACUCCCAGCUCUGUACCUGCGGGUGACUCAGCAGGUUGGGGUGCCAGCUCUAUAGUAGACACCGGGAAGAAACAGGAGACCAACCCACUGACUGAGAUCCUCAAAUGCCCCACCAAAGUUGUGCUGCUUCGUAACAUGGUGGGCAGAGGGGAGGUGGAUGAAGACCUCGAGGCAGAAACGAAGGAGGAGUGUGAGAAAUACGGGAGAGUGAUCAAGUGUGUCAUCUUUGAGAUCUCUGGCGUGACCGACGACGAAGCAGUCCGAAUAUUCCUGGAGUUUGAGAGGGUGGAGUCCGCUAUUAAAGCCGUCGUGGACCUUAAUGGAAGGUACUUUGGCGGCCGGGUGGUCAAAGCCUGCUUCUAUAACCAGGACAAGUUCCGACUGUUGGACCUCGGGGAGCAAGUGUGAGGCGGGGCAGAUUGGUGUGAGGUCCGAUUGAGUUGGGGGUGAGGCAGGUGUGAAAUUCAGGCGAGCCAGGGUUGAGACCGCACGCCGGUGUGAGACUGGUGUAAUAUUUGUGUGUUUGAGGGUGCACGGGCUGUCCACUCUCUGUGUGCACAUAGGCCUAUCCGUCUCUGCGUCUGAAAGAUUUAGUGCUGUUAGAACUCAUUUCUCACUGUGGUUUCGUCUCUUAUUUUAAUUUUUGUUUUGAUCGAUACAUAAAGAUUAGAAUAAAUAAAUUAGGGACUGCACCUGUUCUGAGCAGCAGAUGCGACAUUAAGUCUUGUCAACUAGAACUGAAUUUUUUUCUGUGUCUUUCAGCGAAACACUCAAAGGCGUGCGUUUAUUAUGUCUUUUUAUUUUAUUGUUUUUUUUAACAAGGUUUGCAUUAAAGGAAUUUCUUUCUGUAUUUUCCCUACAAUGCCGUUAAAUUCUUUUUGAAUGCAAAACACGACGACGCUUGGUAAAACCUAGACCAUCAUAAAAUAAUUUUUUGAUUGCCACUGUUUUUAGACUAAUUAGCCCUUGAACGUUCAACAUGAAAUCACAUUUGGUUCUCUGUUUUGCAUUUUGUUGUGGCUGUACGUCAUGCAUUUUUGUCUUCUAUUGCUCCACAAAACAGGAUAUUUUGUAUGUACUUUUUUACUUAUGAACUUAUAAAAAGAUUACAACACCGUG